UUUCUCUAUCAAAUUUCAUACCAAAAUCAAAGGCGAUGGAGCAGACAUAUACUCUUGAGCCGGUAGCGAUUUUACGGUGGCCAGUGGGCGCGGAGGAGUUAGAGGAGUACGCGACGAUUAUGAACAGUUGUGAUCAAGCAGCGCCGCAUGAUGGAGUUACUCUUAAGGUCUUGGACUUUCAAGGCUACGACGUCGUGGUCAGGGUCUGGUUGGUUAACGCCACCGCAACGCCACUCAAUCCCAAGGCCACGUGGAUUCGCCUGAAGUCGACAUUCUCUCCUGUUUCAAGACACGUCGCCGCGACGAUAAUGAUCAAGAUGAAGAAGAAGUUUGCUGCAUAUGCCUCGAUCUGCGCUUUAGGGCAUCUCCAGUGGCUUUUGCCCAGCAAUAGCUCAAGUGAGAUGGAUGGAUAUGAAAUUAGUGGUUGUUAA